AUGGCGGUGGAAAGCGUUGUCAGAUUGCUGGAUGUCCUAAAGCUGAUGUCGGUGGAGGAUUCUGUACCUCUCAUGGAGGUGGGAAGCGCUGUUCGGAGCCAGGAUGUACCAAGAUUUGUCAAGGAGGAGGUAAAUGUCGAGCUCAUGGCGGUGCGAGACGAUGUGGUCGACGGAAUUGUCGGCAGCCGGCUCGAGGAGACUGGUGCGCUCGCCCAACGAUACUGGAACAAUGUGCGCGACGUGUUUAAGAAGUCAAAAGCAGACAACAGUAAAACCCACGCAGGUUGGGCCAAGUGA